ACCUCGUACGUGAUAACUUUUUUAGUUAACCUUUUCAGCCUACCUCGUUAUCUAACUAGUUGUUAAAUCAAUUGGUUACGAAACUUGUUGCUGUAGGCAAAUUCAUUGAAAAGACUUCCUCUUCCUGCAAUCAUGGUAUACAACAAAAAUUAUUACCGCACACUGGGCGUCUCUGAAAAUGCAUCAAUGGAUGAAAUCAAAAAAGCGUACAAAAAUUUAGCAAAGAAAUGGCAUCCUGAUAAAAAUCCAAAUGAGAAAGAUCUUUCAGAAAAGAAAUUCAAAGAAAUAUCGGAGGCUUAUCAUGUUUUAUGUGACGGAACAAAACGGUAUGAUUAUGAUGAAGAAGCAAGACAAAAGAAAGAAUAUGAUGAAACAAUGAAUCAAAGAAGACAUGAUGAAAAAAUAAGAAGAAUGGAAAAAGAGCAAGAAGACUAUAUUCGAAAACAGAGUGAAAGAAGAGCAAGAGCACAUUACAAAUAUCCAUCAACCAGAGAUAACUUCAGUUUCUUCUCAGACUUUACAACAGAAAGCCAUGAGGGAUUAUUCAAAGACUUUUUUGAAGAUCGUGAGGAAUGGAGGAGAAGAGUUCCAAAUCUAUUUCAAGGUGAAACAAUGUUCGGUAAUAUCAUAAAAGAUAUGGAUGAAUUAAUGAAGAAUGCUUUUGGAAUGACAAGAAACAUGCAUGAAGCAAACGCGGGAUUGAGCAGUCAAUUGAGAGACAUGCAAAAUGAUCUUACUAUGCUGAGAAAACGCCAGGCAAGGUUAUCUAGAAAGGUAGAAGAUUUCAAGCAGAACAUGAGAACUUUUGCCUGAUCUACUGAAUGGCCAGAUUACAAAAAAUCAGAACAAUGGAAAAACUAUGGCCAACAACGAUAUCAACAACACUAUGAAACACAGAGAAGCGUAAAUGAUAUUUUUGAUGCAUUUUUCUCAAAGAAACCCAGCGAUGUUUAUGGAUUUUCA